UCACAAUGCCCAGGUGGAGCGUGGAAGCCAGGGGUUGCUGGUUCCACCAGAUGAAGGUGAGCAGCUGCCAUGCAGCAGACAUUACAGCCUCCCGAUGCUGGGGCAGAACAGCAGCUCCAGAAAAGCCCACCGGGACCACAGAUCAUGCCAAAGGCCGAUGGAGGAGAGAGGUUGCUCAAUCAGCUAGGCUACAGGCUGGGUCAGACGCUAGGGGAGGGCAGCUUCUCCAAGGUGAAAGCGGCCACCUCCAGCAAACACAAGGGGCCCCUGGCCGUCAAGGUGGUGGACCGGCAUCGAGCAUCCCGAGCCGUCGUGUUCAAGUUUCUGCCUCGGGAGCUCUCCAUCGUGCGUAAGAUCCAGCACCCCAACAUCGUGCGCGUCUUCGAGGUCAUCGAGGCCUGUAACAGGAAGCUCUACAUCGUGAUGGAGGCCAUGGACACUACCCUGCUGCAGAUGUUGGAGAAUCUGGGAAAGCUGCCCUGCGCCCCCAAUGCCCGGGACAUCUUUGUGCAGGUGGUGAGGGCCGUGCGCUACCUGCACGACCGCAACCUGGUGCACCGCGACCUCAAGUGCGAGAACGUGCUGCUCUCCGCCGACGGCCGCCGCGCCAAGAUCAGCGACUUCGGCUUCAGCAAGGAGCUCAAAGGGUACCCGGACCUGAGCACCACGUUCUGCGGGACGGCGGCCUUCGCCUCCCCAGAGGUGCUCAUGGGCAUCCCCUAUGACGCCAAGAAAUACGACAUAUGGAGCCUGGGGGUGAUGCUCUACAUGAUGGUGGUCGGCAACAUUCCCUUUGAUGAUACCAAUGUCCAGAGCAUGCCCCAGCUGCAGAAGAAGGGGGUGAUGUACCCAGAGGGGCUGCCCCCGCUGCCGGAGCCCUGCCAAGUCCUCAUCACGCAGCUGCUGCAGUACACCCCAUCCUCUCGGCCCGGCGUGGGGCAGAUAGCCAAGAACCGCUGGCUGAACGGGGACAUCUGAAGGUCACAGCCCCUCCUGAAGAUUCUGGAAGAGCACUUUGGUGCAAUAAAUACUGCCGUGAAGAAGCA